AUGUUCCGCGGUGCUUCGCAGAAAAAUGAUGGCAGUAUCGUUACAGUCGCUGAUAUCAUGAAGACCCAGCACUCUCUCUCUCUCUCAAGCGUUUCAAGGAGUGGCAAUUUGUGUGAGCAGCCAUUGGAAACUGGACCGUGUCGGGCUUUUAUUCGACGUUACGGAUUUAAUCCCCAGACGGGACGCUGUCAAUUCUUUACAUACGGUGGCUGUGCUGGUAAUGCAAACAACUUUGAGACCGAAGAGGAAUGCAUGGCUCGAUGUGGAGGCGCAGGAUCAGCAGACUUUUGUCGAGACGUCCGGUGUGGCCCCAACGCUCGGUGCGAGGCCGGUAAAUGCGUUUGUGAACAAGGCUAUGAGGGCGAUGCUGAGCGCGGUUGCCAGCCAAUCCAAUCAGUGGCGAGUAGCGCCAACCCGUGUGAGCUGCCUUUUGAGACCGGGCCUUGUCGCGCCUUUGUGCGCCGUUUUGGAUUUAAUCCACGGACAGGUCGUUGUGAAGCCUUCACUUAUGGUGGCUGUCGUGGCAACGAGAACAAAUUUGAGACAGAGGAGGAGUGUACGGCGCGGUGCCGAGUAACACCAUUAGGUGCGAAUUUUUAG